AUGCCCGUCGUGCGCAAAAGACUACUCAUACCCGCUUUCAUUCUCACAUUUCUCAUAUACAUCAUAUACGACAGCAUCAAAUAUGACGACUAUCCCCCCGAACCUCCUCCACCUCCAACACCCAACUUCGACAACGACAUUUUCGUCGAUGAACCAGUCCAUUGGCACAAAAUUCCCGAACGCUACCCCGUCAAACAAUUCAUCGAAAUACCGACUGGCAACAAAUCGCCCAUCCCAAAAAUUCAGUAUGAUUUCCCAAAAGAAAAAACAUCAGACCGUCGCAAACGACUGGAGAGACAAUCCGCCGUCAAGGAAGCUUUUCUCCAUGCGUGGACUGGAUACAAAACACACGCCUGGCUGAAAGAUGAAGUUUUACCCAUAAGCGGUGGAUAUGUGAAUAGUUUCUCGGGCUGGGCUGCGACACUUGUGGAUGCACUCGAUACAUUGUUGAUUAUGGGGCUAGAUGAAGAGUUCCAACUCGCGCUGGAUGCGAUUGAGCAGAUUGAUUUUACGACCACUACGGAUAAGAGUAUUAAUGUCUUUGAGACUACUAUUCGUUAUAUGGGUGGGUUUUUGGCAGCAUAUGAUUUGUCCGGGGGAAAGUAUCCGAUAAUAUUGAAAAAGGCAAAGCAGGUGGGUGAUUUUGUGUAUGGGGCGUUUGAUACGCCGAAUAGGAUGCAGGUGUCACGGUGGGAUUGGAAGGCAUCUCUUGCGGGAACACCGAUGCGUGCUUCACCAAACACCCUGCUUGCAGAAGUGGGUUCGUUGAGUCUUGAGUUUACACGACUGACUCAAUUGACUGGAGAUCCUAAAUACUAUGACGCCAUUCAACGUGUGUCUGAUAACCUAGAAAAAGGGCAAUCAAAGACGACAAUACCAGGAUUAUGGCCGAUGAUUGUUGAUUUGCAGAAUUUGAAAUUUCAAGGCAGUCAAUAUACUCUUGGAGGAAUGGCUGAUUCAACAUACGAAUAUCUCCCAAAAGAGCAUCUCAUGCUCGGUGGUAGCACCAACCAGUAUCGGCGCAUGUACGAGAAAUCCAUCGAACCGAUCAAAAAGAACUUGCUAUUCCGUCCGAUGGUCAAAGACAACGUGGACAUCUUGUUCAGCGGCACGCGUAACGGCAACACUCUUGACUACGAGGGACAACAUCUAACUUGCUUUAUCGGAGGCAUGUUUGCCAUUGGCGCAAAGAUUUUUGAUCGCCCAGAAGAUCUAAAGACUGCAGAACAGUUGGUUGACGGGUGUAUCUGGGCAUACGACGCUAUGCCGACAAGCUUAAUGCCGGAAAUCUUCAAGAUGAUUCCCUGCGAGGACUUGGACAAGUGUUCUUGGGACGAGAAGAAGUGGCUGGCAGCCGUAGCCAAAACGGCUCAUAUAAACGCAUUGGAUGACGAGACCAUACACAAGUUCAUCAAAGAUGCAGGUCUUCCACCCGGCAUGACGCGCGUUGCCGAUGGUAAAUACAUUCUACGCCCCGAAGCAAUCGAAUCCGUCUAUAUCAUGUAUCGUAUAACAGGUGACAAUAAAUACCAAGAAGCCGCCUGGCGCAUGUUCAGCAGCAUCGAGAAGAUGACGCGCACCGCGAUUGCGCAUGCAAGUAUCAAGGACGUCCGCUUCACGGACUCGAUGCAAGUAGAUAAAAUGGAGAGUUUCUGGUUGGCGGAGACACUCAAAUAUUUCUAUCUGAUUUUCUCCGAGCCGGGACUCGUCAGUUUGGAUGAUUAUGUGCUGAAUACCGAAGCGCAUCCAUUCAGGCGGCCGGCGUAA